GUCGCUAGAUCGAAUAAAUCGUUAAUCGAUCAUAUGCAAUCACAAAUAUAAUGACUGAACACUAGUUGCAAUACAUUUGAGAAUUGUGAACACAAAAAUAUGUGAUUUUGAUCGUAAUAGUACAGCUUUUAUUUAGUGAAUUCUAGUUUGAUUUUUUUUAGUUAAUAUUUAUAUAAAUAUAUUAAGAUGUAUCUUAAUUUGAACCGCUUAAAGAAAUGUGUUACUACAUAUUCCAAAUACACAGUUUCGUAUUCGACUCAAACUCAUUUUGGUUUUCAAACAGUAAAUGAAUCUGAAAAAUCUCAAAAAGUACACAAAGUGUUUGAAAGUGUAGCAGAUUCAUAUGAUGCUAUGAAUGAUGUUAUGAGCUGUGGAAUACAUAGGCUAUGGAAAGAUGAAUUUAUAAGGAUAUUAGAUCCCACUCCAAAAACACGGUUAUUAGAUGUUGCUGGUGGAACGGGAGAUAUUGCAUUUAGAUAUUUAAAUUAUAUAUCUGAUAUGGAAGGAGAUGGACAUGUGACAAUUGCAGAUAUUAACGGGUCAAUGUUAGAAGAAGGAAAAAAGAGAGCAGCAAAAUUAAAACUGAACCAAGAACAUAUUUUAUGGAAAGAAUGUGAUGCUGAGAAUUUGCCGAUAGAUGGUGAUUCAUACUCCGCUUACACAAUUGCAUUUGGUAUUCGAAACGUGACACAUAUUGAUAAAGCAUUAGAUGAGGCCUAUAGAGUUCUUGAACCAGGUGGUAGAUUUCUUUGUUUAGAAUUUAGUCAAGUCAAUCCGGAAGUUUUAAGAUGGUUGUAUGAUCAAUAUUCGUUCAAUGUAAUACCAUUAAUGGGGCAUAUAGUAGCUGGUCAAUGGAAACCUUACCAAUACCUUGUUGAGAGCAUUAGAAAAUUUCCAUCACAAGAUGACUUUAGGUAUAUGAUAGAGACUGCAGGUUUUAGAUGCGUCACAUACACAAAUUUAACAUUUGGUGUAGUAGCAAUUCACUCAGGAUUCAAGUUAUAAAUAUUUCCAAUUAUAUCAAAAACAAAUUGUAAAUAAUUAAUUAUGAUGCUUUAAUUAAAUGUGAUUAUAGAACUGUUAAUUUAAUUUUAGAAUUUAUUAAUCAUUAAAAGUUAAGACACUACUUGAAACAUUCUUGUUUACGCCAGUCGGAGAACACAAAAUACAUUAUAAUAUAAAUCUCGUCACAAAAAAAAAGUUAUAAUAUAUAAAUUAAAAAAAAAAAAACAAA